AACGAAAAAUCCUCUGAGGAAGUAAAUAAUUUUUGGAAAUCAUUCGAUAAAGAAUCUUAUAAUGACAUCCAGGACGAAAUUCAAGAUUUAGAGGAAAGAACGUAUUAUUCAAAUGAUCGAACUACACCACCAUGUGAAGAAAGUCAAGGUGAUCUCAUUGCACCACCACGAGAAGAACGUCAAGAUGAUCGCACUAUGCCAUUACGAGAAGAAAAUCAAGGUGAUCGCACUACACCAUUACGAGAAGAAAGUCAAGGUGAUCAUAUAGAAAGGAAAGUCUGUAAGCAGGGAAAGUCUGUAAGCAGGGAAGAGGAAAGAACCUAUUAUCUGGAUUCUUAUACCACACCCCCACCACAAGCGGGCUUGCUUAGUAGAUAUGUGUCAACACCAACGUGUUCUGUAUUAAUAGAAUCACCAGAAACACAUGCGCGAAUGGGUAAUAAUAUUUUUACAAACAAUUAUUAUGACAAUGAUCGGGUAAUAAUUGAUGAUGUAGAGAAUCUCUAUUUUCAAGAUGGUGAUCCAAUUAAUGAUUAUAAAUGCGAAUUAAAACUUAGAGAGGCUAUAAAAAAAUGUGAUAAGUCUCGUGAACAUGCCCAAGAUUGGCUUCUUAAAGAACUUUUAAAUGAUCAAAAAUUAAAAAAAAACCUUGGCUCUGUGAUUUUAAGAGGUUUAGAAACGUUACCUAAUGAUAAAAUUAAAAAUGAUCCUAGUGAAACAACUCUUGUCACUAAUUAUUUGGAUUAUAUCAUAAGAGGUAUAUUCCAUAAUCCGAAUAAGCAUAUUGUCCAAUGGCCGAACACGGCUCUGAAUGAGAGUAAGUUAAGAAAAUACAAGGGACGAGCUAAGCAACCAGAUUUCGUGAUCUCUAUAAUCCAUCAACUUCAAAUAGCCGCUACUAUCUUUGUAGGUGAGGUUAGCCCCCCAUCGCAAAAAAACAAUGUAUACAAAAAUUGCAGUGAUCUAAUUCGACUUGGCAUUUUUAUGAAAGACUGCAUGGAUUCCGCAAUCGACAAAGGUGCCGAUGGAACUUAUUUUAUGAUUCACAUUGCUCAAGUUUCGAUUCCCACGUCAAUUAAGGAAAUUUUACCUUUUGUUGAUGAAAUCGGAACUCUCUUGAAUAUAAAGGAGAUUUUUAUAAAAUCUGUUGAUACAUUAUAUAGUAAGCUUUGCAAUCCAAGCAUACCGUCGGAAAAAGCAAUUUAUAAACGCAACACUCUGGAAACUCCUAAAUUCAACAAAAUU